AUGUGUACCACCGCCAAUAAGCAGGAACAGUUUCAACUGAACAUACCCCACAAAGAAGACCUAAGACAACUUCUGGUGGUCAUUGGCCAAUGUCAGGUCAUAUAUGAUGCCGUUCAACUCUUAGAUAAAAAGUGUGAUGCUAUUGAUAGAAAGGUGUCAGAAAUUCAGUGCUCACAAGCAAAACACGAUUGGGACUCUCCUAGGCAACUCACAAGACAGAGCUCCUCAGAUUUGGAAAGAGCUGAAGCCGAGGAAAUGGAGAGAAUAGAUCGUCUCACUUCAUUUUCUCACUCUAAAAGUUAUAGCCCAACUUCACCAGUUCGCAGACCAGAAGAUAAUGGUGAGGAAAACAUGGCAUUUUUGGAUUAUGAAGAAUCACAGGAAAUCGAGCAGGAACCCCUGCAGGAGGAGGAGCCAUUCUAUGGUGGUUCACCAGUUCCUAACCAGUGCUGUGGCAGUACUCACUGUACAUGUGUGAGAUAUUCUGAUACGCCUGCCAGCCCCAGGUAUCCUGGCAGCAACAGCAUGUCGCCUGCAGAAAUUUCCACAGUAUCACAUUCAGCAACUCUGACCCAGAGAUAUUCCGGCCUGAAACGUAAUUUGGACUUGAGCAGCUGUUCCGGGUGCCCGGACAGUAAGCAUCCUAGAACAUCUUUCCAAUACUCAACUGAUUUUGCUACAAGUUCUCCAAUUGAAUCUAAAACUGAUACUGUGAAACAAACCUUCCCUGAAAACCCUUUUAACUGGUCUGUGGAAGAUGUGAUCCAGUUUCUGAACCAUACAGAUCCUCAGAUAUCAGGCCCCCUCACCUGGCUCCUGAGGACACAGGAAAUUGAUGGGAAAGCCCUGCUGCUGCUCAAUAAUGACAUAAUCAUUAAGUAUAUGGGUUUGAAGCAAGGGCCAUCCCUGAAGCUAUGCCACUACAUUGAAAAGCUUAAAGAAAAACAAGGUGUUUUCGGAAAUGUAGAUUGA